CGCGGCGGCCCCUCCCCCGCAUUCCAUUCCCUAUAUGGCGGUAGAGAGGGGCGCCGCCAGCCACGCCCCCUUUUCCCACCACGCGAGCGAGGCGCGCCCGGGCUUGCGCGCGUGACAUCAGCUCGGGGCGGGCGGGGGUAACCGCGGCGCACCGCCCGCCGGCGCGCGGGGCCAGCCUCGCUCGGGCCGUUCUAUUUACGUUCGUGCCUCUGCUUUGCAUAAGCCCCGCCCCGAGCCGUCGGGAGGUGUCCGGCACCGCCCCCGGCACCAUAUAAGGUCAGAAGGGGGGCGUGUCCCGGAGGGGCUCGCGGCUGUCCGCUGCCUUCCUGGAGCCGUUUAUAGGGUACAGCCACUUCCGCUGUCUGCUUAGAAGCGGCGCGAUCAUGGCGGAGCGUGGUCAGCUCCCUCCCCCCGCCAAGCGCCUCUGCUGCAGACCCGGCUAUGGCUCGGCGUGCAGGCCGGGACAGCGGGCGGGCGGCGCCGGACCCGGCAGCGGGGCGCUCUGUGCCGGACCUUCCUCUGCAGCUGCCGCCGCCGCCCUGGGGCUGCUGCCGCUCGGCAAGACCCAGAGCCCAGAGUCCCUGUUGGACAUCGCGGCUCGGAAGGUGGCGGAGAAGUGGCCGUUCCAGCGGGUGGAGGAGCGGUUCGAGCGGAUUCCGGAGCCGGUGCAGCGCAGGAUCGUCUACUGGUCCUUCCCCCGCAGUGAGAGGGAGAUCUGCAUGUACUCCUCCUUCAACACCGGCGCAGAUGACCCCGCCGCCGUCGUCGGGGGGGUCGCCACCGCGCCCGGCGGGGCCGCGGACCCCGCUGCUGCCGCCGACGAGAACCGCCUGCCCUUCCGCAGGGGCAUCGCUCUGCUUGACGGCGGCUGCGUCGAUAACGUCCUGCAAGUCGCCCCACCGCCUGCCGCUGCUCUUCACCCGCUGCGGGCGCCCCGGGUUAACUCCUCCCUGCCUGUGUUUAAAAGGCUGCAGCGGUGGGUGCCCUCCACUUUUGGGGGCCUGUCUGCCGGGCGAGUCCCCUCAGUUCCCAUCCGGGAGCCACCCCCGGCCCACAGCUCCCCCCCCGCGGGUGGGUGAUGCUCUUUGUGCUACCCGGGCACUUUGUUCUCAUUUUCAUGUUUAUUUGUGUCCCUUCCCCCCCCCCCCCCCCGAUUUCUGUCGCUUCCCCUCCUCCUCCCCCGAAAAGGGGAAGCCAGACAAAAGAGGCUUGCUGAUCGCCUUUUGUUGGCGGCGGCGGCACGGUGUGUGUGUGUGUUUAUGGGGGACGUCGGGAUCCCCCGCUCUGUUUUCCCCAAACCCUCUGUCCUGCCCGCUGCGGGUUGUACUUGUCGGGCAGCUCGCAAACGUGCCAUCAGUUUUUCCCGAAGGGGAGCCGUGUCCCUGCUCCCAGGCUCCGUGCCCUUCCCUUCUGCCUACGGGGACUUUUUUUUUUUUUUUUUAAUCUAAUUAACUUUCUUAAGUUUCAUCUUUUGGAUUUCUCUUUCCAAAGGUCUGAGGCGCAUCUCUGGUUCCUCAGGUCUGGCAAAACCAGAAGUAGGGCUUUUUUAGUUGGGCUGGCAGUGCUGAGAUUUUUAUUUUUUUUUUUUUUUCCUUUGCCUUUAGCUUGCACUUGGUUCUGUUUGCAAGCGAUGAGGAAUGACAGGAGUGCACAUAGGGAGGGUUUCUUGGCUGAUUGCAUUUAAGCCAGGAAUUCACUGUGAAAAUAAAGCCAAGGGGCGAUAAAUAAAAGAUGCAAUCUUCUCUAGGAGACAGACACCCAGCGUGGGCUUUGCCUUGCUUGCUUUCAGUGGUGGAAUAGGCCUCUGUGAGUAGUUGUGAAAGGAAAAAAGUAACUUUUUGUAUGGCUUCAAAAGAGGGGGUGGGCACUCUGAAAUGUUGGCAAGGGUCAAUGUGAAGGAAGAAAAUAUGCAUAAAUACAACUAAAGUGUUGACU